AUGAAGUUGAAUAACAUUAUCCAUGCAAUAAUUGUCCUUUCUCUUGCUGGACCUGGAAUUGUGGGAAAUAGCCUAAUAUUUGUGAAGCACAUAUACAUCUCUACCUUGGGGACUGAGAAAAGGCCCGUGAACCUUAUCCUCAUGCACUUGGCAUUUUCUAAUAUGAUCAUUAUUUGUACCACAGGGAUCAGAGACAUAGCCACAAUGUUUUAUUUCCAAAACUUCCUAGGAGAUAUUGGCUGUAAAGCUGUGGUUUAUCUGGCAAGGAUGGCUCGGGGCCUUUCCAUCUGCACCACCUGUUUCCUCAGUGUGGUCCAGGCUGUCACCAUCAGUCCCAGGACCACCAUUUGGACAAAGCUAAAACCACAGAACUCAUUGCAAGUUCUUCCCUUUCUCCUCCUCUUUUGGAUGGCUAAUGUUCUCAUAAGCUCCAACUUGCUCUGCUACAUCAAAGGAAGUGGUGGCUUGAACACUUCUAUACCUGGAACAUUCAUUGGCCAUUGCUAUAUGCUGCAAUCAAGACAUGUAAUCAAGUGGCUAUUCCUGUCUCUCAUGGCUCUUCGUGAUGUCAUCUUUCAGAGUCUGAUGGGCUGGAGCAGCGGGUCCAUGGUGUUCCAUCUUUAUAAGCAUCACAAGCGGGUCCUCUACCUUCACAGCUCCAGGUGUGAAAACAAUUCCCCUCCAGAAAUCAGAGCUACCUGGAGUGUUCUCAUUCUAAUGGCCUGCUUCCUUUUCUUUUAUUGGGUCAAUUUCAUUCUCUCCUUCUACACUGGUUUCACAGCAACACAUGAUUCUAUUUCACUAAAUAUUAAGACAUUUUUAGAGCUUGGUUAUGCUGGUUUUAGCCCCUAUGUUCUGAUCAACAGAGAUGCCCGUGUUCCUAAUAUCUUGCAUGCUCACUGA